AGUACAGCCAGAGAUCUUAACCACUAUGUCAGAAAAUUAGAAAUGGUCUUUUAUCUGCUUAGACAAAAAGGACUAACACCUGUCAGCUUGGUAGUGCAGGAGGAGACAGGAUAACCAUGAAAGCAAAGACAAGAAUUCCAUUCAAUUUAAUGAUGACUUAUUGAAGACCGCGGGGUGCACCGGGCCACACUCUGCCUCUUGAGGAGAGGUUUCCCGCGGGGAGCAGAGUCUCUGGACUGCAGCUUGGAGUACGGAGUUGGAGAGCUCCUGCUCCUGGCUCUCAUCUCCAUCCUAUUCCCACCCCGGGUCGGCCACGUUCCAGUCUUCCCGAGGGAGAAAGCAGGACGCCGAGGCAGCGGGAGAAGCUGGCGAACUGCGGAAGGGCUGGGAGGAGGCGAAAGUUCUUACAGAGCGUCUUACCAGCGGUGACAGCUCCGGAGUCUGCGCACGCGCAGAGGCUCUAGAGCGCCCAGCGCAGGCGAGCCGGAUCGACGCCUGCACGACCAGCAGCCAGAGGGGGCGCUACUGCGCCCGGAAGGUUGGAGAACAGAGCUGUGGACUGAAAUCAAGAGGGGCUUCCGCGCAAGCUCAGAUUCCCGGGACCUCAAGACCGGGUGGAGGAGCUGAAGGAGUACUUCUUUUAAGGGAAGCUUGGGCCGGAGUCCUCGCGCUGAGUCUUCUGUCCCUGGUUAUGUUGGACCGGCGAUGCUCCCUCUCUGUGGCUGGAUGGAGCAAGUCUACUGAUACAGGAGCCCAUCAGUGGCCUGGGCUGCAGUCCCAGCUGCCCUCUAGGACCACUGAGUUAGGUUCCAAGAGUGAGCGGACUUACUGAAAUUCUCGAACUGAAGUUGGAGGCUCAGCCCAGCACGGACCCCAGGCUCCCCUGGCCACUCUGGCUCCACGUCCAUGAGCCCAUCAGCAGCCUUGUCCACAGGGAAGCCAAUGGACAGCCACCCCAGUUACACCGACACACCAGUGAGUGCCCCACGGACCCUGAGUGCGGUGGGGACCCCCCUCAAUGCCCUGGGCUCUCCAUACCGGGUCAUCACUUCUACUAUGGGCCCACCUUCAGGAACGCUGGCAGCCCCUCCAGGAAUCAAUCUGGUUGCCCCACCCAGCUCUCAGCUAAAUGUGGUCAACAGUGUCAGCAUUUCAGAGGACAUCAAACCCUUACCCGGGCUUCCUGGCAUUGGAAACAUGAACUACCCGUCCACCAGCCCUGGAUCUCUGGUUAAACACAUCUGUGCCAUCUGUGGGGACAGAUCCUCAGGAAAGCACUAUGGUGUGUACAGUUGUGAAGGCUGCAAAGGGUUCUUCAAGAGAACCAUAAGGAAGGACCUCAUCUACACCUGUCGGGAUAAUAAAGACUGCCUCAUUGACAAGCGCCAGCGCAACCGCUGCCAGUACUGUCGCUAUCAGAAGUGCCUUGUCAUGGGCAUGAAGAGGGAAGCUGUGCAAGAAGAAAGGCAGAGAAGCCGGGAGAGGGCUGAGAGUGAGGCCGAAUGUGCCAGUAGUGGCCAUGAAGAUAUGCCUGUGGAGAGGAUUCUGGAAGCUGAACUUGCUGUUGAACCAAAGACGGAAUCCUAUGGUGACAUGAACAUGGAGAAUUCGACGAAUGACCCUGUCACCAACAUAUGCCACGCUGCUGAUAAGCAGCUCUUUACUCUCGUUGAAUGGGCCAAGCGUAUUCCCCACUUCUCUGACCUCACCUUGGAGGACCAGGUCAUUCUGCUCCGGGCAGGGUGGAAUGAAUUGCUGAUCGCCUCCUUUUCCCACCGAUCGGUUUCUGUGCAGGACGGCAUCCUCCUGGCCACGGGUUUACACGUCCACCGGAGCAGUGCCCACAGUGCUGGGGUUGGCUCCAUCUUUGACAGAGUCCUGACUGAGCUGGUCUCCAAAAUGAAAGACAUGCAGAUGGAUAAGUCGGAGCUGGGGUGCCUGCGAGCCAUCGUGCUAUUUAACCCAGAUGCCAAGGGUCUGUCCAACCCCUCAGAGGUAGAGACUCUGCGAGAGAAGGUUUAUGCCACCCUCGAGGCCUACACCAAGCAGAAGUAUCCAGAACAACCGGGCAGGUUUGCCAAGCUGCUGCUGCGCCUCCCAGCCCUGCGCUCCAUCGGCUUGAAGUGCCUGGAGCACCUUUUCUUCUUCAAGCUCAUCGGGGACACGCCCAUUGACACCUUCCUCAUGGAGAUGUUGGAGACCCCGCUGCAGAUCACCUGAGCCCCACCAGCCACAGCCUCCCCACAGAGGACCAGCCUGGGCAGGUGUGUGUGGACCCCCAUCCUGCACACGUUCCUCCACCUCCCACCCUGACCCCUUCCCAUUCCCCAAACGUGAUGCUUAUAAUAAAGAAAUCUUUCUACAUACACGA